AUGUUCGAACCACAGUCCGCCCGCCGCCCGCCGCGACACGCGUUGCCAGCUAACCGAGGAUUCGACGCCUCCAUGCGGGCGCACGAUCCACGCGCCCGAGACGACCCGGACGCGCCCCGGCAUCCUUCCGCUCAGCCACACGGUACACCUGCUAUACCUGCGAACACUGACGCACUCAUGACAUACCUCUGUCAACACAUAAUAUCUUUCAAGACGGAGAACAACACAGCACGGACGAAACAUGAAAUCCAUCAACAGACUGACCUUUGUUCUGCUCCUCUCCGACUGACCGCGACUGGAGCUGUCUCCCCUCACCCGCACUCUCCGUCUGCCUUCUCCGCACUCGCUCCUGCCUUCUCCGCACUCGCCGCGCCGCCUUCUCCUCUCCACCCUGCCUUCUCCCCGUCACCGUCCGCCUCCUAA